GACUCUAUCCUUUUGUCACAAUGUAGCAAGUCUAGCAGACCUGUUUAAACCUCGUCUGUUUCUGAAAUGUAACAGUUUAUUUAAACCUCUAUCUCUCUGCGGACGGCUCUCGGGAGUAGUAUCAUAGUAUCCGGAUUGUAUCAUUAUAUUGUCAAAUGAAAGACGCCUCCUUCAGUCGCUACUUGACGUCAGGGUAGAUCCCGCAACUAUUGCAUCGAAAGAGAAUUGCGGACAGAUAAAGAGCAGAAGAGGACCACCAUCCGUCCACAGGAGCAGACGAUCAGUUUCUGAGUGGCAAAUCAACUAUAAAAUGCCUUUAGGAGAAGAUGAAAAUGGAUGGAAAAAGAAGACAACUGAUAUCAAGGAGAAUUAUGAUUUCAAGGAGGUCUUGGGAACGGGGGCUUUCUCUGAGGUGUUUCUGGCUGAGGAGAAGAAGACCCAGCGACUUGUUGCCAUUAAAUGCAUCCCUAAGAAAGCACUGGAGGGGAAAGAGAACAGCAUCGAGAAUGAGAUUGCUGUGCUACACAGAAUAAAACAUGAGAAUAUUGUUUCCCUGGAGGACAUCUUCGAGAGUCAGUCACAUUUGUAUCUGGUCAUGCAAUUAGUAUCAGGAGGAGAGCUCUUCGACAGGAUUGUUGAAAAGGGUUUCUACACUGAGAGAGAUGCCAGCAAACUCAUCCGUCAGAUAUUAGAUGCAGUGAAGUAUCUGCAUGAUAUGGGCAUCGUACACAGAGACCUGAAGCCGGAGAAUCUGCUGUAUUACAGUAUGGAGGAGGAUUCGAAUAUCAUGAUCAGUGACUUUGGCCUGUCCAAGAUCGAGGACUCUGGGAGUGUGAUGUCCACUGCCUGCGGAACGCCUGGAUACGUGGCUCCAGAGGUCUUGGCACAGAAACCAUACAGUAAAGCUGUAGACUGUUGGUCCAUAGGAGUCAUUUCUUAUAUCCUUUUAUGUGGCUACCCCCCAUUUUAUGAUGAAAAUGAUGCCAAGCUGUUCGAGCAGAUCUUAAAAGCAGAGUAUGAGUUUGACUCUCCGUACUGGGACGAUAUCUCUGAUUCAGCCAAGGACUUCAUCAGUCACUUGAUGGAGAAAGAUCCGUCUCUGAGAUACACGUGUGAACAGGCUUUACUGCACCCAUGGAUCUCUGGAGACACAGCGCUGGAUAAGAACAUUCAUGAAUCUGUCAGUGCUCAGAUCAAGAAGAACUUUGCUAAAAGUAAAUGGAAGCAAGCCUUCAAUGCGACAGCAGUGGUCAGACACAUGCGGAGACUGCAGCUGAGCACCAGCCUCGAGGGUCCGAGCCAAAUCACCAGCACCAGCCCGUACAGACACCUGCUGCUGCCCGCCAAAGAGCUCGACCAGCGGGAUGAGGAGGAGGAGGAAGAGGAGGAGGAGGAGGAGAACGGUACGAUUCACAGCAGUCUCCAAUCACUGUCAUAGUAAGACAAGACACUGCAUGUGAAGAAGGCUCUCCCAGUGUGGACGGCCGUCGAGGCAGUGCUGAUCGGGACAGUCUCAGGAGCUGUGCUUACUGCUGCCGACCAACCAGCAGGAUCUGAAGCAGAACCUACAGAACACACACACACACACACACACAAACACACGCACACCAGACUGAGCCAACCAGGACACACAGCUCUCCUGCAGACAGACAGCAGAUGGAGCCAAACCCAAACAAACCUGACAGGAGAGACUUUGAGAUGUGGGUAUAUCAUUGACAGAUGCGUAACUCCUCCAUCAUUUUAUUUUGUCUGAUUAUAAAUAUUUCUGUACCCCAA